ACUCGUACCCGACUUUGAGAUAUCUCAAAUCCACUUGCGCAGUCUACUUCAGAAUCGUUUGUAGUUUGUAGUGCCUUUCGUUUCGUUUGAAAUCGAACCGUUCAAAAAUAACAACAAUUUAAAAAAAUUGUUAAGACCUAACUUUGCCGCUUGCGCAGUCUUUUUUAUAAUUGUUUGUAGUUGAUUGUAGUGAUUUUCCUUUCGUUUGCAGUUGAACCGUUAAAAAAUUAUGAUAUUUUUGCAAUAAACAAAAAGUGUAACUUUGCCAAUUUUGGAAUUUCUUUGGUUUUAAUUGCGAACAUCUGCACCUUUGUUAUUCUUAUUUUGCAGUACCCAGAAAAUUAUCUUGGCAUUAUCUUAUUUCAUUUGAUGAAAGACCAUUAUCUAAUUACUUGUACUGACUAUCACCAAAUAGCAAUAACACUUGAAAAAGGAAUUUUACAAGAGGACAAAGUAUAUCUGGCAGUUUAUAUCUUGUUUUCCGCCUGCUACUGCUGCGUAGUUCGUCUGCGAUUAAGAGACGAAUAGAUUUGUGAACCUUUCAUUUAGUAUCUACUGUUCGUUCCAUCCAAAUCAUGUCGCCGCUCUUAGUCGUGAUACUUGUGCUCCUCGUGACAUAUAAACUAUACAGAUUUGCUUACGAUAAACCGCCUAAUACACCUCCAGGUAUUAUCAGAAUUCCAAUAGGAGGAUCUUACUGGAUGUUAUUGUGGGGGAAUUAUAAAUUUCCACACUUAACUGUUGACUAUUACGUGAAGAAACUAAAGUCGAAGAUUAUCAGCUGCUACAUGGGUGAUUUCUUUGCAGUAAUAGUUAACGAUUAUGACAGCAUAAAAGAAGUUCUCACAAGAGAUGAAUUUAGUGCGCGAAUUACAAAUGCGGAAUUUAUAAUGGAUCGAGCUUUCGGAAAGGAAUUAGGUAUAUUUUUCAUCGAUGGCGAAAAAUGGCAGGAACAAAGGAGAUUCGCUCUUCGCCACAUGCGUGAUUUUGGAUUCGGUCGACGCCAGGAGAAGCUCGAGAGCGAGAUUAUGGACGAGAUGUCCCUAUUCCUCGAAAUACUCAAGAGCGGACCCGCUUACGAUGGAGAGAAGGAAAUUCUAAAGGGCAACUUGGCGCUCUUUCCGGACAUUCUGUACGCACCGGCGGGUAACAACAUAUGGAAUAUUGUGUUCGGUCACAGAUUUAACAGAAACGAGCACGAUGUCCCGCGACGUCUCUGUCGUGCGGCUGUAAUGCUGCUAAGAGCGAACGACCCGACCGGAGGGGCGAUUUUUCAGCGACCAUUCUUGAAACAUUUUGGUAAUAUGUUUGGCUACAAAAACCACAUAAAGGCAAACAACAUAAUGAAAGAUAUUAUCAGGAAAUAUAUAGAGUACCAUAAACCUAUUCUCACCGAGAAUGAUGACCGAGGAUUUGUCGAUAGAUAUCUAAAGAAAUUGAAGGAGGAGAAUAAAUUAGAUAGUUUCACGGAAGAACAAUUAAUCAUUUUGUUAAUUGAUAUGAUGGCUCCCGCUUCCUCUGCGGUACCAACCACUAUUACACAUGUUAUCAAGUACGUGAUGCACCAUCCCAGAGUUAUGAAAAAAAUACAAAAUGAGAUAGAUAAUGUUGUCGGGACUGGACGACUGGUCACGUGGGAAGAUAGAAAACAGUGAGUUAUUAUUGUACACUCGAGGGAGACAGAGUAAUUCCUCUUUAAUUAUAUUACCGAUAAAUAACUAAAACAAGAAUG